CCCAAAAUGCCCGCUGACGUCCACAACCUAGCUGAGGUCGAGCGAUAUGUUAAAGAAGAGACGACUGGCUCCAAGCGUGACGCCGACAGUGAUUCAGAACAUGAUCACCUAACUCAUAGGAAAGCUUCUGCUCCCCCUUCCCCAUCUGUAUCUCCCUCUGAUGAGAAUCAUGCCACUUCACCUCUCAAUGGUGCCGCGUUGAACGCUGCUUUAACAAGUGCUCAGAACACGUCGGGCCUUGUAUUGACGGCUGAACAGCAACAGCAAAUAUUGCAGUACGCACAAGCUAAUGGUCAACAAGACUUGGCUGCAUCUCUCGCUAAUGCUAUGGUGUCUCCUAUCUCUGUGCCCGGCAACUUAAGCUCUACUUUGCUUCAGUCCCUCCAAGCAGCCAACGUUAUCACGUCGCUGCCCGGACCACCGCAUCUUUCCAAUAUGGAUGGAACUGCCGCUGGUCAAGUAAAUGGUGAUGGAGACAGUGAACAUCAACGCAAGCGUGCUAACAAUAGUCGAGCGCUAACUGAUGAUGAGCGUCGUCAGCGCCGCUUGCUUCGAAACCGAAUGGCUGCCAAAGAGUGCCGUAAGAAAAAGAAGAAUUAUGUGCAAGGCAUGGAAGAAAAAAUUGCAAGGCUGGAAGAAGAGAAUUUGCGACUACGCAAAGAGAUGGAAGAAGCAAAUGCCAAGCUUGCCCUUGACUCUAUGCAAGAGGGAUCAGAGAGCUAUCGAUUGAUGAAAGAAGUGGAAGAAUUAAACGCAAAAUUAGGCCAUCCCGGACUACAAUUUAUUCACAACGUAGGUCAGCACCUUGGCGAGUUAGCUCAAUCUCAAGCUUCAGAGAAUCGAUCAAGCGAUGCCAACGCAGCAUCAACUUAGAUGGGAGUUUUUAGCAUAUAUUUUUUUCUCGUUCCGAAUCUGCACAAUAACCGAGGUAUAUGAAGAACCUUAAAUUCACUUCAGAAUCAAAAUGGUUAUUGCACCGCAUCCUCGGAGGAAGGCAAGGCGCUGACUCUAGUUGCAUCCGGCUUCAUAUUACCCACUUGGCUUUUUGAGAAUCCCCACCAUCACUUUGUAAAUGUCUUUUUUCUUAUCAGCAACAUAUUUCAUUUCAUCUAGUUUUUAUUUGUAUCCAAAUAUAUUAUGUCCAUUGAUUCAAUGUUCCAUAUUUAUGGAAAC